GAACGGUGGAAUAUUUAUAUACGCUUAUCGAUUUGGUUUAGUUUAGGACUAGUGACUAAAGCCAGUGCUGAGUUCAGUGGGUUGGUGUGAUGCAAUCCCAUUAAAACAUUUAUGCAUAGUGUGACCAUGGUCAAAUACAAUGCAAUCCACUUAACUCCUUGCCGGCUAUGCAUAUUUAAAGAUUUCUUUUGCAGAAUAUCUUUGGAUGAAUUUGCGAAACGCAACUACUGCUGCUCAUCCAUUUGUUUAACAACGAUGCCAACAACAAUGCGAACAAUGCGCAAUUCAUGGCAUUGUUUUUAUUUGCGUGUUGCCCUCUCCGUCGCACUCACGUUCAGCCUCUAUAUGUAUCUCUGGCCCUUUGUUUGUAAUUUCUUUCUCACUUUUUUCGGUUCGUUUUUUAGCCCACUUUCCUGGGCAUCUUUUACUGUUUUUAUUUUUGGUUAGUAAAAUACAGAGAAAUAUUAAUAAAAAUAAAUUCAAGCGCACCGAGUUCAAACCGAAACAAACUUUGCACCAUUUUUGUAUGUAUAUUAUCAACAAUAUAUUCGUGUUUGUGUGCAACUGUGCGAGUGUGUAACCGAAUGUGUGAGUGUGUGAGUGUGUGCGUGAGUUGUGCUUCAUGUAGUCGAGUUGCCCACGUAGUAACUGUAAACUUACUUUAUGACAUUUGCUCGCUUUAUUUGCAUUAACAUUUGAACAUUUUUUACAAUCCGCUUUACAUUUCUUCUCAACUUUGAUUUUUUGUUGAACUCCUCUCCUCUUUGUUUGCCUGAUUUUCGUCACAAUCCGUUUGAGCCUUUGUUUAAAAUCCCAACGGCCUGACCACCACUCAAAAAAUCCCCCACUCCAUUUUCCCCAUCCCAUCCCAUCCCAUCCCCAUGCAUUACUCAAUAAAUUUGCUUUAUUGAGUAAAUAAAUAAAGCGCCAGCGCCAGUGCCGCCAUCGCACUGCAACAUCAAACGUUCGUCCUGGCUGCUGUCCAUCGGUGUUUAUUUUCUGAGCGGCCUCAUAACCCAUCACCCCCACUCCCCGUUCACGGACUCCCACCUUUCGCCUCUUCCCGCUAUUGACACACUCGAAUAAAAAAUUAAAAGAGAAAAGAAAAACGGAAAUAAACGGAGGCUGGCUCUCAGCUGUAUUGGCAUUCCUGCUUAUUGGAUUGUCGGAUCCGCGACAAUAUAAACCUGCAAAACGGCUGCCGAGUUGGCAGAUCACGAAGAACUAAUGGCAAAUAUUUUUUUCACUUUUAAGUCAAAAGUUAUAUCAAUCUGCAACUAUAAAAAAGAGUCAAAGCCAUGGGGAUUUGAGUUUCUAGCUGUUACAGAUUCUACAAAAAAAGUUGUAAGAAUUUUUAUACGCACUCUGAGAGUUGUUAAGCUCAGAAAAAAAAAUGUAGCUACUUCAAAGGGACCUCAAGCACUAAUUUAAUACACUCAAAGAAUAUCAUGAUUAAAAUAACAAAAGAUCAAUAAUUAAAGUUUGAUAACAACUACCUUAACAUAUUAACACAUCUUAGGAAUUUUACGGGCAUUUUAGCUUAUAUUUUAACCAUAACAAACAUAAGUUACAAAAUUAAUUGGUGUAAUAACUAAUACUCUCAACCAGUUAUUUCUAAGAACUGGGGAGCACUAAUGCUUAUUGAUAUAAUUUUUAACAUAAAAGCUCUUUUGGAACUUAAGAAUUUAAAUACUGUUUCUAAACCUAAAACAUAUUUCUAGAAGUCUAAGUCAAUUAAAAUAACCUUUUCAUCAAAUAAAUAAACGUGAGACUAAUAUUAAUUGCAAAGAAGAGUUAAGCUCUAAUUAUUUGGUGACAAAAUUGCUGUAUUUUUAUUUAAAAACAAAAUUCAUAGUCAAAAUAAAAUUCAGUUACCAAAUAAAUAGGUCUAAAUAAUAAAACUGUUAAUUGAAAACUUUUUUCUUAAAGCUAUAUAUAUACGCUACUUCCUCAGAAUAAUGACUUGGGAAUUCUAAGCCGCGAAGACACCAUUCGGAAAUGGAAAAAAUUCGUACAGGUCGCCUGGAUUAAGGCCGAUGCCAAGGCAAUCCUGGCCAUACACGAGCACGUGAUAACCAACAAUGAUCGAUUAUCGGUGCAGCACAACGACUACAACACAUGGACGCUCAACAUACGCAGCGUCAAAAUGGAGGAUGCCGGCAAAUACAUGUGUCAAGUCAACACGGAUCCCAUGAAGAUGCAGACUGCCACCCUAGAAGUGGUCAUCCCGCCAGACAUCAUCAACGAAGAGACCUCUGGAGAUAUGAUGGUCCCAGAGGGUGGAUCCGCCAAACUCGUAUGCCGAGCUCGUGGUCAUCCCAAACCCAAGAUCACGUGGCGACGGGAGGACGGAAGGGAGAUCAUUGCCCGCAACGGUUCGCACCAGAAAACAAAAGCACAAUCGGUGGAGGGCGAAAUGCUGACGCUGUCAAAGAUCACGCGAUCGGAAAUGGGCGCCUACAUGUGCAUCGCCUCCAAUGGAGUGCCGCCGACGGUUAGCAAGCGGAUGAAGCUACAGGUGCACUUUCAUCCGCUGGUGCAAGUGCCAAAUCAAUUGGUCGGCGCCCCGGUCCUCACGGAUGUCACAUUAAUUUGCAAUGUCGAGGCAUCGCCGAAGGCUAUCAAUUAUUGGCAGCGCGAGAAUGGUGAAAUGAUUAUUGCCGGCGAUCGUUACGCGCUCACCGAAAAGGAGAAUAAUAUGUAUGCCAUUGAGAUGAUUCUGCACAUCAAGCGGCUGCAGACGAGUGAUUUCGGUGGCUACAAGUGCAUCUCGAAGAACAGCAUCGGCGACACCGAGGGCACCAUCCGACUUUAUGAAAUGGAGCGUCCCGGCAAGAAAAUCCUUCGCGACGAUGAUCUCAACGAAGUGUCGAAGAACGAGGUGGUGCAAAAGGACACGCGCAGCGAAGAUGGGUCACGCAACCAGAACGGAAGGCUCUACAAGGAUAGGGCUCCGGAUCAGCACCCGGCCAGCGGGAGUGACCCGCUCCUUGUCCGUGGGACAAUGCGGCUAAUCGGGACAUUUCUAUUAGCUUUAUUGGUAUUAUUAGCGGCGAUGGCGAGAGCCGGGCCCACAUUGUCCUGCCGCACAAAAGGUGGCGGACAAAAGAAGGCCAAGAAAACGAGUUUGAACGGGCAGCAGGAUAAGGACGAGGUCAAGGAUGGCCAGGCGGAAAAGUGGAGGAAGUGCUGGGAGAGAUCAACGCGGAGUUGGAGACGGGCAGAGUUGGCAGAGUCGGCAGAGCCCCGGCCCCUCCACCCGUUUUCUUGCCCAUAAGCACACAAGCCAGGAAAAGAGAGCAUUAAUCAAUGGGGAUGUCGAGGAUGCCACCCCUAGGGCUAAUCAUCUACGCCCAUGCUAAUUGCAAAGUUAGGGAGGGGGGCAGCAAGAAGGGGACAGGGCUAAUUGAAUGCAUAUUAAAUCAAAAGGAGGAAGGAGAAACUAAAGUGUCGUAGUUAAGUGGAAAAUAAAACGCGUUUAAAUGUUACCUCGUUAGUGGAAAAUGAUGAAAAGGAUGAAAAACAAACCCCAGCCCCACAAAAGAAAAAUAAACUAUAAACAAUAUCGAGAUUAAAUGGUGUUUGGUUCUUUAAAUGGCUUUAGCUACUCCGAACUAAACAAAAAGUACGACUGUAAAAGGUUAUUUACGUAAUAUAAAUAAUAAAUACGGUAAUGACAUUGAUACGGAUAUUUCUAUAUGUCUAAACAAUAAGUGAAGUUAUUUUGCUAUUAUUCAAGCAUUAAUUCGUUGGGUUUUCUGGAAGAAACAUAAAUAUCUCUAUGUAUUAAGUGUUUAAUCAAGAGUUCUGUAUAUACAUAUAUUUAAGGCCAGCUCAAAGAGACGGAAAUUUUGUGGCUAAAAAGAAAAAUGUUUAGACGAUCUUUGCAAACCGUAAACUGUAAAUAUUUACCCUUAGUGAUUUUGACAAAGUUUCGUUUUUAAAAUAUGGUUCUUGUCUUAAACCCUUUUGUUGUCACUCGUUGUCGUUCUCAUGGCUCAAAAGACUAAUUGCGGACCCUAGAUUUAAGCCAAUUUUGGAAUUCCUUAAAAGUGUGCGUGUGAGUUUUAGAUUAACAGUCAACACUAUUACUAGUUAACU